AUGGAUCUCAACCUAGCGUUAAGGGUUGAUUCUCCUACACCUCUUAUAGAUAAGAGUGCCUCUGAUGAAAAAAGGGAUAUGGAAAGGUGGGAGAAAUCAAAUCGCAUAUGUAUGAUGACCAUGAAGAAGAACAUUCCGGAAGCAUUCAGGGGCAUAAUGUCUGAAAAGAUUACUAUGGCUAAGGAGUUCUUUGCAGACAUUGAAAAGAGGGAGUACAUCAUGGAGAUGUCUCUUCUUACUUCAAAGUUGAAAGCACUUAAGCUAGAACUUUCUAAGGACUUGCUAGUGUAUUUUGUUCUGAUAUCCCUUCCGACACAGUUUAUCUAG